AUGAUACGCAAUUUAGUGAAUCGUAUAUGGCAAAAAUUUCUCGAAUUGAAUCUAUUCAAAAAACAUUCAAGUAAUGAACAUACUCUUGAAAAAGAACUUCUUUCUACUCGUAUUUAUUUGAUUGCAUUAAUUGUAUGUUUAUCUCUCAUUACUAUUACUGUUGCACUUAUCGUUCGAUCUGUUGACAAAAUUGAAUAUAAACCUACACACGAGAAAUUUUCACAAUUAGUUCGUAAGUAUCCGAGUACUCUUCAUUGUCCAUGUUCAAAAUCUUCAACACACUAUGACAAAUUCGUCACUACUAAAGUUAAUUUUCAUCAAGUUUGUUCAAGUGAAUUUAUUCAACAGACAUGGAUUGAUAAAUUAUUUACAAAUGAAAAGAUUUCAAUGAAAUCUAUCGAUGAUGCUCGUAUCACUCUUAGUUUUUUUUGGCAAACAAUUGCUGGUUUAUGUAUAGCGAGUAACAAAAGUUGGAAUGAUGUUCUUGCAAAUUUUGAAGGUACAAGUCUGAUCACUCCUACAGCAGUUGCUGAACAAGUUAUUCGAGUUCAAGCUGAAAAUGCUCUUCAAAAUCAAAUUGAUCUAUCGAACGCAACAUCAACUCGUAAUUUACUUACUUUUCAACGUAUGGCACGUAGAAAUCAAGUUGUAUCAGCCUUACAAACAAAUUUCUAUUUACGUUAUCCACCAGCACAUUUAAAUUCAUCGGGAUCUGCAAAAAUGACAGCUCAAAAAUUUGGUAAUUGUACUUGUUUAAAUAUUGAAGGUUGUCCACGAUCUGCCACAUUUAUUGAUAAUUAUGAUCAUUUAGUUAACAUACCAGGAAUGAUAGUAGAUUGUUUAAUUGUUGAUGGUACACUUGCCUCAACACUUGAAUGUUAUUAUAAUCAAUCAUGUAUUUCAAUUUUACAUGGACAAUUAUCGAUGAAUAUUGAACCAUUAUCAAACAAUUCGAAUAAAAAUUUUUCUAUGUAUUCAACACUACAGUCAAUCUUCAAUAAAUUAAUGAUAGAUAAAACAACAACUGAGAUUCGAUUUGAUAAAUAUUUUUCAGAAUGUAACUGUCCUUUUUGCUCAUAUUCAUACAGAAGACGUUUUGAUAUUUUUUUUAUUUUCACGGCUGUUACUGGCUCUAUUGGUAUAUUGUCAUUCAUUGUACGGCAUCUUGCAUCUUUCGUUGCAACAAAGAUUUUACGUCGAAAAAACCGAAUUCUACCAAUGGAAAACGUAUCAACGAUAACGUCUAUGGAACAGAAUCGAAAGCAACGUAUACAACUUCGCAUUCGACUUUUAUUAAACAACUUAUGGCAAGCAAUGAUAUCUUUAAAUCUUUUUGAAAAACAAACACAUCGAACACCUACUAACAUCUAUCGAGAACAACUCCGAACAAAAUUUUUCAUUUUUUUCCUUGUUAGUUUAUCAAUUGCUGCUGGAGUAUACACCAUUGUUGUAGAGCAAAAUCAGGUGAUAACAAAAUCGUAUCCAUCUCUUGAUACUUAUAAACAAUUGUAUAAGAAUUAUCCAACCACAUUAUAUUGUCCUUGUUCACGAAUAUCCAUUCCCAAUAGAGUUUUUCUUAAUGUAACAUUUGUAUUACAUCAAGUCUGUUCAAGUGAUCUGGUUUCAUUAGAAUGGUUAAAUUAUCUAAAAUCUUUUGAUCCGAUUUAUCUGCCGCCUGAUAGUGACCCCGAGUAUGCUGAAGAUUUUCGUAAAAUGGGUGCUUCUUAUUUUCAACUUUUAGCUGCCUUUUGUUCAUUAGCUGAAACGAACAUUGCAGAUGCACACCAUGUAUUUAUGAAUACUGAAUUUAUUAAUGAUCGUGUUCCUUCAAGAUCACGUUUUGAUCAACAAACUGAAGCUAUGAUGACUUCAUUUAUUCGUACAACAAAAUAUGAUUUUGUACAAACAUUUAAAUGGACGAAACUUAUUUUCCUUUAUAGUCCUCUUUACAAUGGAUUGAAUACAAAUUUUUAUAUAGAUAAAAUCAAUGAUGGUCAAGUGAUUGCUAAAUUUCGUGUAUAUAAUAUAAUAGGUUUUGUAUUAAACGACACUCCACUGCCUGUGCGCUCCUGCACUUGUGGAACAGAUCCUGCUUUCUGUUAUGCAAUCCCUGUAUUAUAUGUGAAUUCAUCAUACCUUGAAAAUAUUAAUAAAUAUUUAUUAUUCAAAGUAUUAUACCUUGGUUGUUCACCUUUAAGUGGGUUUCUCAUGUCGGGAACGAGAUGGUGGUACGAUAUCACAUAUAUGAAACAUAUUCAAGCAACUUAUUCCAUGAUUAUUCGUACUCGACUUCCACCAGAUAUCAAACCUUUUAGUGCAUCUAUAUCGGCUCCAUUGUAUGAUUUCAAUACGCAGGAGUUACUUGGUGGAAUGCUACUCGAAAAAACAAUCAAUAAUACAGACUUCGAUAGAUUUUAUAACGCAUGUAAACCUAGUUCUUGCUCAUAUACCGUUGUUCGGCGUCGGGAUUAUUUUGUAAUAAUAUUUCUGCUUGUUUCGAUGUGCAGUGGUCUUAACAAAGGUCUUCAACUAAUUGUUCCACUAAUUGGUAAAAUCAUUUUUAUUUGUUAUGAUUGGAGAAAAAAUCGAAAUACUCGACAAGGAUCAUCUGCAAUCGGUGUUUGUUCCAGAAACUUUCCACGUAUUAUCUAUCAUAAAAUUAAAAAUUUCAACAUCUACCAAACAGAAUCAACUGAUAACACUCAUAUUCAUCAACAACAAAUGUACACAAGAGUUUAUCUAUUUCUUUACAUAAUUCUACUCAGUAUUGUACUCUUUUAUACAAUUCUGAUCGAACGUCGUAUUAGUAAAACACAUGUCUUACAUUCAAUUGAUGAAUAUGAAGAAUUGUUAAGCCGCUAUCCAAAUGAUAUCAGUUGUCCAUGUACAUAUACGUCAAUUCCUUAUCAUAAUUUUAUCACUGAAUUACAAGUCGAUUCGUUUCAUGAAGCAUGUGAUAUUAACCGGAGUAUUCGAAUAAUUAUAUUUGCAGAUUUAGCGACAGAUGCAGGUGGAUCCAGGAGUUACAGUGAUGAAUACUCACUUUGGGGGAAAUCUUUCAUAGCAUCCUUGGAGCAACUUUGUUCUUUGGCACAAGACAAUGUUAACAAUAGUAUUGACGCAUUUAUUGCCUCAACUUUGUUUACUAAUCAACUAAUGUCUCGCAGUCUAUUUGACACUGAAAUGAAUGAAACACUAAGUCAAUUCGAAAGUAAAACAAAAACUACAUUUGCACAUAUGUUAGACUUUAUUCGUUCAACUAUCCAAGGGAAUGCUUUACUAUAUAUAACUACAGACGCUUGGAGUUUAGUUGCAGUUGAAACAGAUGAUAAAAGAGAUACUAAUUUCCUCAGUGUACCUGUUACGCUUAACAAUAUACAAGAUAAUACAAGUUGUUCAUGUGCAACUUUACGAACAUGUCAAAUACCACGACAAGUAAAGAUAGAUAAUAAUUGGAUUACUAUUGAUGGUUUAGUCGGUGGUUGUCAUGAACUUGAAACACUACUUCUCUCAUCUUUGACUUGUCUCUAUUCUUCCGGCUACAUUAACUUACUUCGAACUAUAUUUGCAGGCAAAGAGGCACUAUUGAAUGAAUUUAUCAGAUUGAAUGGGCAAAGAACACGAUUCUCUGUGGACGAUACUGUUGAAAAGAUAGCAUAUGAAAUAUUUAUCGAAUCAUGGUCCACCCCUAAUAUAUCCUAUGAAAGAUAUUUUAAUAGUUGCUCUCCAAGUUAUUGUACUUAUACAUAUUAUCAAAAAUCUGAUGCAUUAGAAAUAUUAACAACAUUUUUGAGUGCAUAUGGUAGUUUAUCAAUUGUCGUUUACUUUAUCGUACCUUAUCUUAUUAAAUUAAUUAAAAAAAGUUUAAUUUACUUUCGAAUUACUCAACAACAAUGA